AACGAUGAGAACGGAUCGUGCGGCAGCUGAAUUUUGGUUGUAUAUUUAUUUCGUGCCGUCGAAUCGCUUCGCUAAGCUGACUUUUUGACUUUUUCGUGUAGUUUGCACUCGAAAGGAGAAAGAAAUCAGCCGAAAUAUAUCCCCCGAAGAUAUUGGCGAUAGCCCGGUUGGCGUAUAUAUUCCAGUGAAUCGGUGGAUUGCCAGCAAAGCAGCCAAAAGCAAGAACAACAUCGAAAAACGUUUCGUCACGCUGAGAGAGCAGUGGAAUUUUUUCGCAACAAAUACAAUUAAAAGUUGCACGCAGAAGUGGAGGAAGAGGCGACGAAAGUCAGAAAAUCAAUUUGUGAAUAAUACGAAAUCGGUGCAAGAUAAGUUCCCGUGUGAAAUUGCUUUUUCGGCGAUUGGAUUUUCAUCGAUUUUGCAAAGGGAAAACAGGUUUUAAGAGGAGAACUGCCAUGUCCGACUACUUCGAGGAACUGGGUCAUGAACCCACUGGACCACUGGGCGCAAACGAUUUGGCCAGAAAUCUAAAGCGCCUUCAGGUUUUGGCCAUCAUGAAUGGCAUCGAUAUGGAGAUCGAGGUGCCAGAGGCCUCCAAGCGAGCCAUUCUGGAGCUACCAGUUCAUGAAAUCGUCAAAUCGGACGAGGGCGGCGAUUUGGAGUGCUCUGUGUGCAAGGAGCCAGCUGAAGAGGGCCAGAAGUACAGGAUCCUUCCAUGCAAGCACGAGUUCCACGAGGAGUGCAUCCUGCUCUGGCUGAAGAAGACGAAUUCCUGUCCUCUGUGUCGCUAUGAACUGGAAACUGAUGAUCCUGUUUACGAGGAGUUGCGCAGGUUUAGGCAGGAUGAAGCUAACCGACGGGAGCGGGAGAACACUCUUUUGGAUUCCAUGUUCGGCUAACUUGGAGUUAAUCGAUUCGACAGCGGUAUUUGGUCAAAUUUGUAGUAUGUUAAAAUAAAGGUGCUUAAGGG